AUGACGUUUAAAAGGAACUCUAUCCUUGAUGGAUUUCGAGAAUGCGGACUUGUUCCUUACAAUCCAAAUAUUGUACUAAAUAAGAUCCAAGAAUAUCAACCUCUUACUCCUCUAAAUCGACCAUCUACUCCUCCUGACGCUCAAAUCUGGCCUCCUGUUACACCUCUAACAGCUCAAUCUCUUGAAAAGCAAGCUAUUCAACUACAAAAUGCAACUCCGAGUCGUCAAACAACAUUACAAGAGAAAUUCAUCAAGGGGGCUCUGAUUCAGGCCAAAACUGCCGUACAAAUCCAGAAGGAUCUAUCAGAAUAUACAGCAGCUGAAAGAGAACGAAAAGAACGAAGAUGUAGAGGGCAACGUCAACUACAAAAUGGAGGAGUUCUUUAUGCCGAACAGGCUCGAAAUAUGACCAAACAACGAGAAGAAGAGGGGGGUACACAGGAGAUGAGGGCUCAAAAGAGAGAGCAAAUCCUACGAAAAGAGCUAGAAGAUGAGCGUCGGCGUACAGCAAACUUGGAGUGGACCAUCAUAAAUGGCCCUCUAGAAGAAAUAGAGGAUUAA